AUGAGAGCACUCCCGUAUGCCAAAAAGCCUCACAACCCAAGAUUCUCCACUAUGAUACAACAGGAAGGCACCGGUACUGAAAUUCCAACCAACCAGCAGCAAUUGAUAUUUACUCCCGUUGUGUUGAAAUUGCCAACGCGCGGCAUAGCUCCAGGAGCCCUAAUUGCAACAACGGAGCCCAAUAUUCCAACUACAUGGAAUAUCUUCUCGCAACAUAACCCAGUACCUGACAAAACCCCAAGAGCAGUUAUCUUUGUCAUCAAUAAAUCAUGGUCUCCUCUUGUGAUCAAAGAUCACAGAGACAUUGUUACCAUUGCUAUAACAACUGCAGGCACGCAGCUCCUCCUAACAGGCGCUUAUGCAUCUCCAGCGGAGGACCUAGACAUCACACUGCAAGAAAUCAACCACAAUCUACAAAGCAUGCAAGUCCCCCAAGUCAUCUGUGGCGACUUCAAUGCUCAAAACCGUCUAUGGGGUUACCACUUCACAUCGCCACGUGGCUUACAGAUGGAAGACCUAAUACACUCUCAGAAUUUAAUACUCCACAACAACUCUGAUGACUCACCUACUUUUGAAACAAUUAACGGUAAAGGUUGGCCAGACCUUCUACUUACAACCCACCAUCUGAUCAAUAACAUCACCAAUAGAAAAAUCAGUGACGACCACUCCAAUUCUGAUCAUCACUACAUCACCUUCGAAGUCAACAUGCAAAUUGAACAAAUCCAUACAAUGCGCUUCAAAAUCAAUCAACAAACGGAGAAGAAAUUCACCAAAUCUCUAAGAAGGAUCGCCAACAACAUUCUGCAAGAACUCGCCACAUGCAAUUCCAAAGAUGAAAUCAAUGCAAGCGCAGAAAACACCACUCGACAAAUCCAAGAACUUUGUCAAAAUACACUAAAAAUAAAAAAGGCCAACCAGUCUACAAGAGCCAAUUGGUGGACAAAAGAUCUGCGAGCUGCAAGACAAAAACAAGAGCCCUCAGAAGACGUAUGA